AUAUGUAAAUACAAAGAUGGGUGGUAAAUUUGUAACCGUAGCCGAUAGCAAAUCAUUGGAUCAAAUACUACUCUGUUUACAGUUGAAUUCUCAACACUCCAUUUUUUCUUCUCCCUUCCAAACUCGGUUGAAUGCUCUCCCUUUCACGCUGCAUCUUUCCCUCUCUUCUCCAUUAAAGUGUAAUUUGAGUUCUCCAUUGAAGCAGCUUCUGAGAACUUGAUGCUAUUGAUGAAUGGGAUAAUGAUGAGGAUGGUGUACAAUCGUAUUGCGUCAAACUUUCACUCCUCCAAGAUGUUUUGUUCUAAGGUAGAGCCUACAUUGAAAGUGGGAGAUAUAUUACAGCAGAGGAGAAUAUUUACAAUUGAGGAUGUUGUUGAAUAUUCUAAUGUCAGUAAAGACAUUAAUCCUCUUCAUUUUGACACUAAGUGUGCUCAAAUUGCCGGAUUUCAAGAUCGACUUGUUCAUGGGAUGCUAGUUGCUUCUUUAUUUCCUCGCAUUAUCUCCUCUCAUUUUCCUGGUGCUGUUUAUGUUUCGCAAAAUUUGCAAUUUAGACAACCUGUGUAUGUUGAAGAUGAGAUUGUUGGUGAGGUGCAAGCAUUUAGCAUUAUAAAUUUCAAGAAGAACUACUUUGUAAAGUUUAUCACCAGGUGCUUCAAAAAGGACAGUCUCAUUGUGCUUGAUGGCGAAGCUACGGCAAUCUUACCUUAUUUGAGUUGGCAAAGCCAAAUCGUCGAAUGAAUGAAAUUUUAUGCAUUGUAAGUGCAUUUCCUGAAACUAGCAUUUGAUUCUUUGGAAAAUUUCGAAAACAUGUAUGGCAACCAUUUAAAAGAAUACAUAUUUCAAGUUUAGGUGGACGCUAAACUUCUCAAAAGUUGGCUUAUAGAAUAGAGAUUAUUUAAUCUAUUGCCUUGUAUGGGGACAUUUGUUGUGAUGUUUUUGUAGGCAAGCGAAAUUGCAUAUGUGGUAAAUUUAAUAUGAAUGACCUCAAGUUAUGUAGCUUGAGCAUACUCUUAGGACUCAUUUUGGUAGAGUAUGCAUAUAUGAUGGCAUUUUUUUUUCUUGUUUGUGACAGGAUAUAUGAUGGCAAUUUGAAUGAAUUAAUAUGUAAUUUGUGACGAAUGUCCUAUAUCAGUAUUUUUGGUAACUUUAUUAAUAUAUUUUUAUAGCAUAUAACUUAGUUUAUUUUGUGCUUAUCAGCCAAGUUUGUACUAUUAUUAUAUAGAACUAAUUUUCCAAGGAAUAAAAUUUGGAUUAAUUAUUUAUCUAUUUAUUAUUGU